AUGUCUGACUGCGGCAAUGAUACUGCAACUCUUGAUGCAUCUAAGCCUGCCACAGAAGAAGUCAAGUCUAAUUCUGAGGAGUCUGCCAUGGCUCAAGAAUCUCCUAAAAAUUCAGCAGCAGAGAUUCCCGUGACUAGUAAUGGAGAGCUUGAUGAGGCUCAUGAGCACGGCUUUAAUAUGGAUUUGAAACGUUCAUUGCCAGCUGGCCUUGGUCUCUCAGAAACCCAGAUUACGUCCCAUGGCUUUGACAGUACCAAAGAGGGAAUUAUUGAAGGAGGAGCAUUUCAAGGUUCCCCAGCACCACCAUUGCCAUCUGUCAUGUCUCCUAGCAGGGUUGCAGCUAGUCAACUGGCUCAACAAGGAAGUGAUUUAAUUGUUCCUGCAGGUAGCCAGAGAACCCAGUCAAAAAGUGGACCAGUUAUUCUAGCAGAUGAAAUUAAAAACCCUGCAAUGGAAAAAUUAGAACUUGUUAGAAAGUGGAGUUUAAACACUUACAAGUGCACUCGACAAAUUAUCUCUGAGAAACUAGGCCGUGGCUCAAGAACUGUGGACCUGGAACUGGAAGCUCAGAUUGAUAUAUUAAGAGAUAACAAGAAAAAAUAUGAAAAUAUUCUAAAACUGGCCCAGACAUUGUCUACGCAGCUUUUCCAGAUGGUACAUACCCAAAAGCAGCUUGGAGAUGCAUUCGCUGACCUGAGCUUGAAGUCACUAGAACUCCAUGAAGAAUUUGGCUACAAUGCAGAUACCCAGAAGCUGCUAGCUAAAAAUGGAGAGACUCUUCUUGGGGCUAUUAAUUUUUUCAUCGCCAGUGUGAAUACUUUGGUGAAUAAAACUAUUGAAGAUACCUUAAUGACUGUGAAACAGUAUGAAAGUGCCAGGAUUGAAUAUGAUGCGUAUCGUACUGACUUGGAGGAAUUGAAUCUUGGACCACGGGAUGCAAACACUCUGCCAAAGAUUGAGCAGUCACAGCACCUGUUCCAAGCACAUAAGGAAAAAUACGAUAAAAUGCGCAGUGAUGUUUCUAUUAAACUGAAGUUUCUAGAAGAAAAUAAGGUGAAGGUGUUGCACAAUCAGCUGGUCCUGUUCCACAACGCCAUUGCCGCUUACUUUGCCGGGAACCAGAAGCAGCUAGAACAGACACUUAAGCAGUUCCACAUCAAGUUGAAAACUCCGGGCGUGGACGCUCCAUCUUGGCUUGAAGAGCAGUAGUCACACCUGCGGGGAAAGCCGAGCUGUUAGAUUUCCAAACACACCUGAGAAGAACUCAGCCGAGUGGGGAGAAGGGGCGUGGGUGACAACCAUUGCACAAACAGCUUUAAUUUCCCCCUUUUUCAUACUGUAACAAUCAAACUGUUAAAUUGGAGGGGGGUGUGAGUGGCUUUGAUGUCAGCAUAAUUUCUAUAAUCGGGACACAAUAAUUUUUCUUUUUGAGAAAUCCUUUUGUAUGGUGAGGGUUAAUGGCUAUUUCUGUAGUUUGAAAACAUCUAAUAUAGAUUUGCACUGACAAGAUAAAAAUUUGAGGUUUUGGGUCCUGGAAAUAAGGGCCCCUUGAGACUUUUCCAAAGGGAGGUUUACAUGAUUUGUUUCAACAUCAGAUAUUUUGUAUAUGAGUAUAUUAAACAUCUUUAAGAGAUUCAUGUUCAUGUGUUAUCUUGAAGAAGAAAAAAAGAAACUGUUUUGCAGAGUGAAACGAUGGUGUCCCUGCAGCUUCCACACACAGACUGCAGCUCUCAUAAAUGACUGGUUGAUUUGUGGAGUUGUGGCAAAUACCUUUUUAAAAAUAAAUUGUAGGUGUGUUUAAACUUUUUUAAGACACGAGAAUCACACUAUCAUUUUGUGAGAUUUUUAAGCUUAAUGCAUCUGCAUUGCCAAAGUCAUUGGGCAGUUACGUUAGCAAUUUCUUUUGAUUCAUAAUGAAACCUUCUUAAGAUAAUUUUUUUGAUAGGUGGACUUAGGAAUUGAAAUUCUUGACAGUUUCUAGUAGAAAUCUGAGCUUAGUUAGUUUUGGGAUAGAUUCCAUUUUGAUAGAAGUGAAUUCCUAGACAGCUUUUACUGACUUCUAUAUGUAACAAUACCAUUUAAGCCUUAAAUCACAGAUAUGUGCCUUCUCAGAUAGCAGUAAUUCUUGUCCAACCAGUGUACAUAGCCCAUAAAUAAAAACCUUUCAGAUAAUGUGUGAUGUGUCUGUUCCUCCCUUGGAAAGGAACGCCGUGUAUGAAUUGGGGGUUCUUUGUACUCAUUAAGCCGCCUUUGAAGUUCAUGGUGAAAUCAACGGUUGGGUUUGCUUUGGAUCGCCUGAAUUCCUUUUGAGGAAUGGUGCGUGGGAUGAGUCUCUCCGUGUUGGAAUGAAAGGGUAGUUAGUGUAGGGUGUGGCGGGAACAGGACAGUAAGAGGUUGGAAAGGCCAGCCCUGCUUCAGUUGCAGGGCACUGUUGAUGAUGUGGUCUGUGGUUGGCUUGUCCACUGUGUGGUCCUAGCAGUAAGGUAAUCUUUAUUAAAUGUAAAGUUCUCUUAAUUUUUGUCACAGACAUAAUACUUUGAGAGUUAUCACUUCACCGAUUCAUUUCUUUUGUGUUGAAAUGAAUUGCUUAAAAUUACCGUUACACAUUUUGUGCAUUGUAAGAUUUGUUAUAUAUGUUCGGAUGCCUUUUUGCUUUCUUUUUAAUUAAUAUGUCUUUUCAGUGCUUAAUACAAUGUAAUGUGAUUGUAAACCAUAAUCCUAUUUUAAACCAUUCCUUCCUGUAUAUUUGUACUCGGAGAGCCUUCUUUUAUUCUUGUGAUAGUUCAUCUACAUUCCCCAGAAUGUGCCUCUGGUGUGAAUUUUGUAUUCUUAUUAAAAUGGUUUGCUGCAGUA